AUGCUUUUUGCUUUUUUUAGCAGUGUUUCACAUAUAUUUUCGUGUCAAAACCGGGUAACCCUAUGUAGUAAUGUCUUUCUUAUUAGCAAUAAGCAGUUUCUGCGCCAUUCAUGGGAUGAUUUUUAUAAAGGAGAGGAAAGGAUAAGGAUAACUCAGGAUGAAUUUAGCAAUUAUGAAUUUAUUUCGAAUGCAAACUACUAUCUGAAGAAUUUAAUAAUUCAAGACCUCACAGCCAAUGCCAUACUAUUUGUAAGUCAGACAGAUAUUAAAUUCUUGACCGAGGAGUGUACGUUCUCGAAUAUAACUACAAAAGUUGCAACAAAAGAAAACACUGGAAAUUGGGAUGAUUCACAAGCUGGUGCCUUUUUCUUUGAAGCCAAAAGCAGUGAAUGUGCAAUAAACAGAUGUUCCGCAGAUAAGUGCUAUAAUAAAAUUACAUCAUCUUAUUACUAUCUUGAUGGUGGAAAUUUUGCUUCAAUUCGUUUUGCUCCUAAUAAAAUCCUUAUGACAACAAUUCAAUUAUGUGCACCUUCAAAAUAUGGAGUUAAUGCUUUUCGAUCACGUAAUACAUCAGGAAAUUACACUGGAUUGAACAUAAGUAGUUGUAAUACUUAUGAUACCCCAAUGUUUACUAAAUUUCCAGGCGAUGAUGAUUCAAUAAAAUAUUCAAUAUUUGAUGGAAAUACCGCGAAUUCUGUAUCUUUUGGAAUUGCAGUGGUAUAUUCAGGAAAGUUAACUAUAGAUAGUUGUUGCUUUUCCGAUAAUAGUGUUUCAUACCUGAUCUAUUCAUCCCACAGUGUAAAUGUCAUUUUGAAAAACUCGAUUUUCAUAGAUAAUCAAAUACGUUAUCUUGCUUAUGCAGAUUCUGGAAAUGGUGGCAGUGGAAAUACUUAUUCUAAGAUAUACAUUCAAAACUGCUACUUUGAUGAUACAAAAACUUCUGUUUCUUCAGUAUCUGGAGCUUAUAUUUCAAAAGAUAAUGCGAAUAAUAGUUCAUUGAAAAAUGAAAUCAUGAAAGAAAUUGGUAGUUACUUGCACACCCCGCCUAUAACUCAUGGUCAAUUCAUAUAUCAAUUAAAAUUAAGAAGAGCUCGUGCUAAGUUCUAA